CCUCCCCCGACGUGCGCGUUCCCCGGGCGGCCUGGCCGGUCUGCGCUGCGAGAUGGCGGCGCCCGGAGAGGAGUCCGACGCCGAGCUGGAGGAGCUGCUGGCCAGCGCUCUGGAGGACUUUGAGAGGGCCGCGCCCGGGGAGCCCGCCGGAGGAGGAGGAGGAGGCGGCGGCGGCGGCGGCGAGGGGGGCGCGGAGCCGGCGGGGGAGGUGCAGGGCCGCCUGCUGGCCGCGCAAGAGACCUUCUUCCAGGAGCUCUUCGAGGGCGAGCUGGCGUCGCAGGCGAGCGCCGAGUUCGAGCGGGCCAUGGAGGAGCUGGCGGCCGAGGAGCCGCUGCUCGUGCAGCAGUUCCAGAAACUCUCGGCCGCCGCGGGCAGAGUCGGGAGCGACGCCGCCUCGCGCCAGGAGUUCACCUCCUGCCUGAAGGAGACGCUCAGCGGGCUGGCCAGGAACGCCGACGGCCUGCAGAGCUCCGGGGUGUCGGAGGAGGAGCUGAGCAGGACGAUGGAGGGACUCGGCCUGGAGGAGGGGGAUGGCGGGGAAGGCAGCCUCUGGCCCAUCAUGCACAGCAUCAUGCAGAACCUGCUCUCCAAGGACGUGCUCUACCCCUCCCUCAAGGAGAUCACCGAGAAGUACCCCGAGUGGCUCCAGAGACACCGAGACUCCUUGCCCAGGGAGCAGUUCGAGAAGUACCAGGAGCAGCACAGGGUCAUGGGAAGGAUCUGCGAGCAGUUCGAGGCUGAGCAGCCCACAGACGGCGACCCACAGCACAGGGCCCGCUUUGAAACGAUCUUGGACCUGAUGCAGCAGCUGCAGGACCUGGGACAUCCUCCCAAGGAGCUGGCCGGAGAGUCGCCUCCUGGCCUGAACUUUGACCUGGAAGGACUGAAUCUGCCUGAUGCUGGAGGCACCGGAGGCGAGCAGUGCCAGAUCAUGUGACUUGCUCCCAUGCCAGGGAGAGAUGGGAGGGCCCUGUGGUGGGUCGAGGUGUUUGUGUCUUUCUUGCCUGUUUUCUGUCAUCACCAGGUACCUGAGGCUGGCUGCCUUUGCUAAGCCCGGCAUGUGGUUUUGCAGGGAUCCCACAAGGGACUUUGCAAGCCAGAAUACUGAUGCCCUGAUGUCAGCUUUGCCUCUUGGCUUCUGGAGAGACGAAGGCCCCAAGGACAUCCCUUCCUUCCUGCCCUGAGUUGAUGGACAGGCUCUCUCGGAUGAGGUUGCUGCCAAUGAAAUGAUCAGGCUGAGGGAGGAGGCAGUGGCUCAUGAGAGUGAAGGGAGACCUCCUGCACCUACUUCCGAUGGCCCAGCCCUGCUGCUCUUCUCCGGCAGUGGCCCCCCGGUUCAGUCUCUGGAUCAGGAGCCAAAGUCCCCUUUUGAUGAUACCAGGCAAGCUGACCAGCUCCCUGGACUUGCCCACAUCAGCGUGAGCCUCUUUUUCUGCUGUAGCCCCAAGUAUUAACACCCCCACACCCUGGUCCCUCAUUAGUGCUACUGCUUUGUGAGAACCACCUGUAUGGGGAGAUAGCUGGGAAGCAGGCCACCUCUGCCCACUGGCCGCUUCCUUUCUGCUAGCGGCUGAUGCUGCAGGAGGAGAGCCACCCUCCUUGGCUUGAGUCUGGCAGAACUGAACCAGAAGGGCAAUUCUUGAAAUAAAGGUGGAGGUUGAUGGUUUGAA